UAGAACUCAACGUUCAGUCAGAAGACUCCCAUUUGACCGACACGACCCAUUUUCAAGGUUUCCUAGUUCAUAUUCGUGUUGGUUAAACAGAAAACUACAAUCAACGCAGUGUCAGUGUAGGCGUCUGCGUGUCAAGUCACCAGAUUUGUUUUUUUACUCGUGUAUCGUGAUUGACGCUAAGCGUCACACAUUGUAAACAUGAGUUCCAGCAACGACGCGGAAAUUGCUCACGCACAGAAACACAAGUAUCCGGUAGCAGUUUUCUUCAUCGUCGUAAACGAGUUUUGCGAAAGGUUCAGCUACUAUGGCAUGAAAACCGUUCUCACGCUCUAUUUACGAGAUGUCCUCUUAUUUAAUGAAAACGAGUCGACAGUAUGGUACCACCUCUUUACCAUGUUGUGCUUCGUCACUCCCAUUUUUGGCGCUAUCCUUGCUGAUACGUACCUCGGCAAAUUCAAGACCAUUCUAUACCUUUCGUGCCUUUACGCUUGUGGUAACGUUUUGCUCAGUGUGGCUUCUAUACCAAACACGUUGCCGCAAAAAGAGUUUUCACUUUUGGGACUGUUCAUCAUUGCCCUGGGCACAGGUGGAAUCAAGCCUUGUGUGUCAGCAUUUGGUGGUGACCAAUUUAUUCGACCGCAACAGGAUAAGCAACUGGAACAGUUCUUUUCCGUCUUCUAUGUCGCUAUCAAUGCUGGAUCGCUGAUUUCCACAUUCGUCACGCCCAUCCUUCGCGAAGAUGUCCAGUGCUUUGGGUCCAAUUCCUGCUUUCCACUAGCCUUCGGCGUUCCAGCUCUUCUGAUGAUCAUCGCUGUUGCUAUUUUCUUCUCCGGAAAAUGGAAUUACAAGAUGCGUCCAGCCGAAGGCAAUGUCAUGGUUGAUGUUGCAAAAUGCGUAGCUCAUGCCGUCGUACGGAAAAUUGAAAACAGAGAAGAAAAACACGAACAUUGGCUGGAUUUUGCGGGUGACAAAUUCGAUAGGCAACUCAUCCAAGACAUUAAACAGGUUCUAAGGGUCUUGCUCCUGUACGUGCCUAUUCCGGUAUUCUGGGCUUUAUUUGAUCAACAGGGCUCCAGGUGGACGUUCCAAGCCACUCGAAUGGAUGGGACGUUAGGAGUAACUACUAUUAAACCAGAUCAGUUGCAGAUUGUCAAUCCUUUACUAAUUCUGGCGUUAGUACCUGUUUUUGAGAGUGUGAUUUACCCGUGUUUCAAAAAAUGUGGAUUACUUACCCCACUUCAACGAAUCGGAACAGGCGGUUUGCUUGCUGGAUUCGCCUUUGUCGUUUCGGGCAUUGUCGAACUAUAUCUUGAGCCUACCUAUCCUAGCAUUCCCGACGCUGGAAUGACGCAGUUUAAUUUCAUCAACACUCUUCCAUGCUCACUGAACAUCAGUUAUAUCAAUGACAACCAACUGAAAUGGAUUGAAAUUAACGCAACGAGCUAUUCGUUCGAAAGAAACCUGAAUUAUCAAUCGAUCGAUAUCACAGUACAACUAAUCAGCAGUCCUGCAUGUCAACAGAUGAACUUUACUAAUCCAACAUGGACUGGUGCGAUCAAAGGUGCCAGCACGAAGGCAUUUUCUGUUAUCGUUACUGGACAUCGUGGUAAACUUGAUGUGAUGCGAAUGGAAAACGAGGAGCCACUGGAUAAAUCCAGUACGGGCCAACCGCGGGUCGGGUUUAUUUUCCGGCAGGAUGAUCAAGUUUCUAAUCAAGGCAAUAUAACCCUUAAAGCAGGAGAGCAGAUUGUUAGUUUCACUAGCAAACUUGUUGCCUCUUCAUCGCCAUUCAUCCAGACUGAUGUUCGAGAAAUCGAUGCUGGAACGUACGACGUGUUUAUGGCUCUUCGAAAUGGAGAGGUAACGGAAAAUCCGAUUGGAAAAGUCACUGUUCUCCAAGGUGGUUCUUACACAAUUCUUGCACAGCAAUCUCACUUUAAUCCCCAACUCAUGGAUCUCAACAAUAAUUUACUUUUACCGAUUCAAGUGACGCCACCGAGUUCUGUCCACAUGUUGUGGCUGGUGCCACAAUAUUUCGUCAUGACAGUAGCUGAAGUCAUGUUCUCUGUCACGGGAUUACAAUUUUCUUUUACUCAGGCUCCAGCUAGUAUGCAGUCGGUCAUGCAAGCUACUUGGCUUUUGACAAUUGCAUUUGGUAACCUCAUUGUUAUCAUUGUCGCGGAAGCCAAGGGCAUCCCUAGACAGUCGAUGGAGUUCUUUUUGUUUGCUGGAUUGAUGGCCCUGGACAUGCUUCUGUUUUUCUACUUGGCUGCUAAUUACAUGUACGUGAAAGUCGAAGAAAAAACCAAAGUCAAUGAGCAGGGCGAAGCCGAAAAUGAUGAAGAAAAAGAAAUCAAAGUACCUGAUCGUUCUUUGUCCCCUACUAAACUUGACACAGAAAACUCCAAGAGGCCAACCGGAACGGAAAACAAAGGAUUUUCCGAUGACACUCCUAUGUAAAUCUUUCAACAUAACUUUAAAUUCAAAUAUCCGUAACGCUGUGCCUUCGGGUGAAUUAACAAAAGAAAAUACCGCAACGUCGAUUUUUAUUCGAAAUUAUUCAAACUUACGACGUAUAUUCUGUAGUCUCUCAAACUUGUUAUUACACAACCGACAGCGCGGCCAACGCCAUCUUUCUUUCCAGUCUUCCUGUAGAGUCGAGCGCCAUGUUUGCUACUCAAGAAUUCAAUGGCUAUUGUCCUACGAAGUGAGAAAUAAGGAUAUUGUUUUCAAAAAGCUGCUUGAAAUGCCUUUCUGGUGGCACAGAUCAUACUUGGGUAAUACAUUUAAAUACAUUUUAAAUUAGAGAAAAAUAGUGCUUUAUAGGUAUGUGUUCGAUGCUGAAAAAAGGUAUUACGGUUUUGGCUACAAAAGGUUAAAAAGUUUAAUCAUUCUUAAGCUUUUUUCAUUAAGCUUGGGAUUUAUCGCCGCUAGCAGUGGUUGUUUUAAGGACCAAACUAUAGAUGGAAAUUGUAUGAUUCGUUUGAUUGACUAAAUGGGGACCACUGUUAGUUUUAGUACUUUAUAUGGAAAUUGCUUGAAAAAGUAAUGUUUUAAUGCUGCUAGUUAGUCUGUUUGAAAACAUGCUCAAACACAAACGUUUGUUGUAACGAAAAAGACUAGCCAAAAUAAUGGAUGUCAAUCAAUGUUUGGAAAUACAGACAAGACUUACCA